AGGGGCGGACUGACCAUUUGGGAACUCGGGCACUGCCCGAGGGCCCUGGGGCAGUAGGGGGCCCCAUGAGAUGCCCCUGGUACCUUUUCAUAAGCUUUUUUUGGGUGUGGUUUGAUUGUGGGCAAGGACACAGGAGCCCCAUGAUCCCCUAUUGCCCGGGGCCCAUGAGUUGUCAGUCUGCCCCUGCUUGCACCUAAAUUUUACAAUGUCAUACUAUGAUUCUCUUUCAAAAAAGGGAAUGGUAGCUGAUCAGCAGUUGGGAGAUAUCUUCUGAAACAUCUGACCAUUUUUUAAACCAU